AUGGAUCAGUCCGAGCUCCGGCAGCGAGCGAAACCCACACAGCAGGAUGAGCAGCAGGCCGCAAUUCCCGAGAGAGAAGCAGAGCAGCGUGUGAAGCAUGGCGUUCCAAUGCAGGUCUUUCGGACGAUAUGUCUGGCGGCAUGGUUCAAUUGCUGUGCGGUGGUCAUUGUGGUCACACAGAUGAUUGGUGCGCCGCUGUACCUGAUCAACAGGCCAUGGUACUACAGCUACAUGGCGUUGACGAAGGAGUCGUUCGGGCUGGUGAUUACCGCGCUGACGCAGUGGGGGUGUCCGACGCUGGUGCGCGUCAGUGGGGACGAGAGUGUGCGCGGACAGCUUCAUUUGACGCAGGAGGGAUCGCUCAAGCUCGAUUUUCCGAAACGUCAGGUUCUGAUCGCCAACCAUCAGGUCUAUACGGACUGGAUCUACCUGUGGUGGGCUGCCUAUUCGAACGGGAUGCACGGGCGUUUGUUUAUAAUCCUCAAGGAAUCCCUCAAGUAUAUUCCCAUCUUGGGACAGGGUAUGAUGUUCUACGGCUUCAUUUUCAUGGCCCGCAAGUGGACGUCGGAUAAGCCAAGGCUGCAGCAUCGCCUGGAGAAGCUCAAGACCCAACAUGCCGGGUCCAACCCGGCCUCGCCAGAGUACGAUCCGAUGUGGCUUUUGAUGUUUCCCGAGGGAACCAAUCUCUCCAUCAACACCAAGAACCGAAGCGAUGCAUUUGGGAAGAAACAGGGCAUUCCUUCCCCUAAACACAUUCUUCUUCCCCGGUCAACCGGGCUUUUAUUCUGCUUACAGCAGUUGAAGGGGACAGUCAAGUGGGUAUAUGACUGCACGAUUGCAUACGAAGGGCCACCGAAAGGAAGCUAUCCCGACAAGUACUUCACGCUCCGGUCCACGUACAUCCAGGGACGACCCCCAACGUCUGUGAACAUGCACUGGCGGCGGUUCGCCAUUGAGGAUAUCCCCCUUGAUGACCAAGAAGCGUUUGACGAAUGGCUUCGAGCACGCUGGACUGAGAAGGAUCAGCUGCUGGAGGAAUGCUUUGAAACAGGACGAUUCCCCUCCCAACUCGCUGGCCAUAUAGAUAUCGACGGGGUACCUGACAAGCAGAAAGCUGCGGCAUCUGCUGGAUACAUCGAGACCCCUGUUCGACUCUCACACUGGGCUGAAAUCGGGCGCAUCUUCAUGCUCCACGACUGUCCACUCCGAGACCCCGGCACCAUGGCGCCCUUGCACAAUGGCUACGACAGCGUCCAGAACGGUGAUGCCGUUCCACUGACGGGGCCAACGACCGCCCCGCGCUUCUCCGACAUCCCUACUGCGAUUGACAUCCCGGCGUCCACCUUCGAUAGCGAGGUUGAGGUCAGCCUCGAGGAUCUGCCCGACGACCCAACGGAACUGUGCACACUGUUGGAGAAUGAAAAGGCGGCGAAAAACUUCUGGGUCAUCAUCGCACUGGCGUAUGCAAAGCAGAACCAGCUCGACCACGCCCUCGACAUCCUCAACAAAGGCCUGUCCUCGGUUGCUCAUGGAGCCGUCAAAGAGAAACUUGGCCUCUUGGGCUGGAUCUGCUGGCUGUACAUGCUGAAAAGUCGGAAUGCCCCCCGCAUUGCCCCCGAGGUGGAGCCGUAUUCGGCGUCGAAGACCAAAGAACACUACCUCCAGCUUGCAACGUCUACCUUGAACGAAGCAUCCCGCUUGAACCCGGCCUACCCUCCGCUGUUCCUCGCGCGCGGUGUCCUUUCGUUGCUCCGUGCCUCGCUCUACCCUCCCAAGCCUGUUCGGGCCGGAGCCGUCGAUACAUCUGAGCGAGUGGAAUCAUUGCGGCAGGCCCUGAAAUGCUUUGACGAGUCCUCCAAGGCCUUUGGAGGUCGGAACAUCAUGGCAAUUCUUGGCCGGGCUAGGGCUCUGUAUCUCUUAGGCAGGUAUGCAGAGGCGCUCGAGGGCUACCAAAGGGCACUCAUGAAGAUGCCUGGUCUUACCGACCCCGACCCUCGAAUCGGUAUCGGCUGCUGUUAUUGGCAACUGGGCUUCAAGGAUCAGGCAAAAAUUGCAUGGGAGAGAGCCUUGGCUCUGAAUCCCGAAUCUAAAGUCGCCAAUAUCCUUCUCGCCAUAUAUUACCUCUAUGAUAGCUCGCGCCAUGCAACUACGGAUCCUGCUUUCGGCUCAUUGUACAAGGUGGCCAUGACCCAGUAUACACAAAAGGCAUUCAAGAUCGACAAGGAAUACCCCAUGACUUGCGCCCUGUUCGGUGGAUAUUUCCUUCUGCGAAAGUCCUACUCAACCGUUGAAUCGUUGGCGCGCAAGGCUAUAGAGCAGACAGACGUCAUGUCUAUCGCUAGUGAUGGCUGGUAUUUGUUGGCUCGGAAGGCCCACUACGAGAAUGACAGCGCCCGGGCAGCCGAGUUCUACAACCGCUCCGACCAAGCCAGAGGCGGCAGCGACCAAGGCUAUCUCCCGGCCAAGUUCGGCUCAGUCCAGAUGCAGAUCGCCAACAAGGACUAUGAUGGCGCCAAAUUCAAGCUCGAGAAGAUCAUUCAGCAGACCAAGAAUUCCGAGUGCAUGAUGUUGCUCGGUGCCCUCAUUGCCGAGGAGAUUUUCGCGGCGCAGGCGAGCGGCAAUAAAGAGGACAGGUCCGCCGACGCUAAGAAGGCUGUCCAUCUGCUCGAAUCGGUGCGGUCCUACUGGAAGGAGGAAAAGAAGGCCAUCUCGCCUGACGAGUCGGUAUUGGUCUAUCUGUCUCGGUUAUAUGAGAUUGUAGCGCCGGAGAAGAGCAUGCAGUGCUUGACUCAACUCGAAAAAAUGCAGCUCGCUCAGGUCCCCGAGGAUGAACGACCCGAAGGCCUCAAGGAGGGCGAGGAGCUCGCUGCCGCCCUCCGCGAGCAUCUGCCCCCGCAGCUGCUGAACAAUAUCGGAUGCUUCCUUUACCAAGCGGAGAAGGUCGAGCAGGCCAAGACUAUGUUCCAAACAGCUCUCAACGCCUGCACGAAAUCGCAGGAGAAGGAGCAGGAGAAUGACACGGAUGCGCUAAUCACGACCAUCAGCUACAACCUCGGUCGCACCUACGAGGCUGCGGAUCUGCCCGAGGAAGCGAAAAAGUCCUACGAGAGCCUCCUAGCACGGCACAAAGACUAUACGGACGCGAAUGCGCGCCUGACAUAUAUCGCCCUCCGGCAGAGCCCUACGGACGAAGGCCCUAAGAAGAUGGCAAAACUGUAUGAAACUGAUUCGAUGAACCUCGAAGUUCGGGCGCUGUUUGGAUGGUAUCUCAGCAAGUCCAAGAAACGAGUGUCGAAUUUGGCGGAGGACCACGAACAGCGGCACUACAAGCACACCCUGCAGUACUACGACAAGCACGACCGAUAUGCGCUUACGGGGAUGGGCAAUGUGCAUCUCCUUACCGCCCGAGACAUGAGGCGCGAUACCGACCAGGACAAGGAGAAGCGGCGCAAGAUGUACGAGCGGGCGGUGGAGUUCUUCGACAAGGCUCUCCAGCUGGAUCCCAGGAACGCGUAUGCCGCGCAGGGCAUCGCCAUCGCGCUCGUGGACGACAAGAAGGAUUACAGCACCGCAGUCCAUAUCUUCUCUAAGGUGCGUGACACCCUGAAGGACGCCAGCGUGUACCUCAACCUCGGCCAUGUGUAUGCCGAGCUGCGGCAAUACUCGCGGUCAAUCGAGCACUACGAAGCGGCGCUGGCCAAGGACCGUGCCCGCGACACACAGAUUCUCGCUUGCCUGGGCCGCGUGUGGCUAUCCAAGGGUAAGCACGAGCAGAGCCUGGCCGCGAUGAAGACCGCGCUGGACUAUGCGAAGCGCGCUCGGGCCGUGGCUCCAGAGCAGGUGCAUCUGGACUUCAACGUGGCCUUUGUCGAGACGCAGAUCGCCCUGCUAGCAUACAGCCUGCCGGAGACGCAGAAGACGGCGCAGGACGUGGAGGAGGCAAUCGAGGGCCAUGAGGAGGCGGUCGCGACCUUUGACCGGAUCGCCGGCGCCAAGAACCCGCCGUACCCGAAGGAAGCUCUUGAGCUGCGCGCCAACAUGGGCCGUAACACGAUCACCAAGCAGCUGGAGCGGGCGCUGCAGAACCAGCGCGAGUAUGAGGAGAAGAACGCCGCGAAGCUGCAGCAGGCUCGGGAGGCGCGCGAGGCCGAGCAACGGCGCCGCGAGGAGGAAGUCCGCAAGGUGCAGGAGGCGGAGCAGGAGCGCAAGAAGAAGAUCGCCGAAGAGCGCCAGCGCAUGGUUGAGGAAGCCCAGCGGCUUGCGGACAAGAAGCAGCAGCAGCAGCAGCAGCAUGCUUCCAAACGGAAGAAGAAGACCGAGGACCACAGCGACGAAGAGGACGACGGCGAAGGCGGGGACGAGAGCAAAGACGCCGAGAGCGACACCGAGCCCGCGCCCAAGAAACGCAGACGUCUCGAGCGCCGGCCUGGUGCCAAGUCGCGCGGCUCGAGCAAAUACAAGAGCAGCGAGGUCAUUGUCGACUCCGACACGGAGGAUGGCGACGACCACCACCAGACUGCUGCGGCAUCGGACCACGACGAGGAAAUGCGCGACGGUCCUCUACCUGACGAUGAAGAUGAUGAGGGGAUUCCCCAACCGCGUCGGGGUAAAGUCACUCGCCGAAUUGCAGAUGACGAUGACGACGACGAAGAAGAAGAGCAACAAGAAGAAGAAGAAGAAGAAGAAGAAGUGCUCCCCCCCGCAGCUGCCGGUGAUGAAGAUGACGAUGGGUUAUUUGAUGAAAAGUCUGGUGACGAGGAUGGUGGUGAAUAA